UUCCGGCGUCGCCGGGCUGGGCGCGGAGGCGGUGCCGCCGCACCGGGCGCUGGGGCCGGGGUCCGUCCCGCUAUGCUAGAGACUCUGAGCUCCGCAGCACAACACUAAAUUUGUAAUGAAAUGGAGUCUGGGUCAAGCUCUUUUCGAGUGGAAUUUCCAGAUUUUUCUAGCACCAUUUUGCAGAAGUUAAAUCAGCAGCGCCAGCAAGGACAAUUAUGUGAUGUAUCCAUUGUAGUUCAGGGCCAUCUCUUCAGAGCCCACAAGGCUGUACUUGCAGCUAGUUCACCUUACUUCUGUGAUCAGGUUCUCCUGAAGAACAGCAGGCGAAUAGUCCUGCCCGAUGUGAUGAACCCCAGAGUAUUUGAAAACAUCCUUCUGUCUACCUACACAGGUCGGUUGGUAAUGCCUGCUCCAGAAAUAGUUAGUUAUUUGACAGCGGCAAGUUUCCUUCAGAUGUGGCAUGUGGUGGAUAAAUGUACUGAAGUGCUGGAGGGGAACCCAACAGUACUGUGCCAGAAGAUGAACCACGGCAGCGAUCACCAGUCCCCCAGCAGCAGCAGUUACAAUGGCCUUGUGGAGACCUUUGAGCUUGGCUCUGGAGGACAGACGGAAUUCCACAAAGUUCAGGAACUAAGGGAUGGCGAAAAUGAAGAAGAGAGCUCUAAAGAUGAGCUGUCGUGUCAACUGACAGAACAUGAGUACCUUCCCAGCAAUUCUUCAACAGAACAUGAUAGACUCAGCACUGGAAUGACAAGUCAGGAUGGUGAAGAAGGAACCAGUGACAGUGCAGAGUAUCAGUACACCAGACCCAUGUAUAGCAAACCGAGCAUCAUGUCUCACAAGCGGUGGGUCCAUGUGAAGCCAGAGAGAUUUGAACAAGACUGUGAAGGUGUUGAUAAUCCUUAUGAUGAACAUCAAGUUUCUGAAUCCAUGAAUGCCAUUCAGGCAGAUCAUUCAAUCCAAUCUUCAGGUGUUGAAGACUUUCAUAUAGGUGACAAAAAGGUGGAAGCAGAAUUUGAUGAACAGGCAGAUGAAAGUAAUUAUGAUGAACAAGUUGACUUCUAUGGCUCUUCUAUGGAGGAAUUUUCUGGUGAAAGGGCAGAUGGAAACCUAAGUGCUCACAGGCAGGAUCUUAUGAUAGCAGCAGGCUAUGGUGAAGGCAUUGAAAUGGCUACAGGAAUUAAAGAAGAAACAUCCCUCACUGGAUUUUCACAUGCUGAUAAACUGUAUCCUUGUCAAUGUGGUAAGAGCUUCACACACAAAAGCCAGAGAGAUCGGCAUAUGAGUAUGCACCUUGGCCUUCGACCUUAUGGCUGUGGUGUCUGUGGUAAGAAAUUCAAAAUGAAACAUCAUCUUGUAGGCCACAUGAAAAUUCAUACGGGCAUAAAACCAUAUGAGUGUAACAUCUGUGGGAAAAGGUUCAUGUGGCGGGACAGUUUUCAUCGGCACGUGACCUCUUGUACCAAGUCCUAUCAAGCUUCUAAAGCUGAGCAGAGUACUACUGAGAUGAGCUAAGAUAUUAGUGCUCACAUUUGUUUAGUAGAGCAAGAAAAAUGAAUUAAUUAUGCAAAUAAUGUCUGGUACUUGCUAUUGUAAAUUCUCAAAAAAAAAGUUCUAAUGAUAACGCUAGUAUAAGCAGACCAAACUUUCAUUUUAUUUUCCACAUUAUUUCUACAGGUGUUUGAUGUGUGAGGUACAAAUGGUUAAUCUGAAAGGUGCUUGCAAAAUGAGGUCUGUAAGGUCUUUGUGACAUUGAUUGUGAUUACAGCAGUAUUUAGAAGUCCUGUUGUUUUUCUAAGUCUUCUAAAUUCGCAGAAAAGCCCAGCUCUAAAUUGACCCAAAUCUCGCAAAUACUUACAUGACAGGAAUUCAGGUAUCCCUACUUAAUGAAAAAGAUAACUAGGAUAAUGCCAGGUUAUAUGAUUCACAUUUUACAGAAAAACAUUAGAAUUCCACCCAAACUGGAGACUGCAGACAUACUUAACAUGCAUCAUUAGAUAGUCUACAGCAUUAAAUAGCCCUUGCUUUAUUGAUUAAUGAAAGGCUGUGUUAAAGAUGGUUUGGCUUUCCUUUGUCUGUCUUCCAUUUCUUUAUCCGUCUUCAGUAAAACACUUGUAGUCUAUAAUUUUGUGCUAAUUUCUAUUUAAGAGUCUGUAAAGCACUUAAAUAUAGUUGUGCACUAUAUAAACUUCAGUCUGUAUGAAGUACAAUUUGUCAUUGCUCCUCUAGGAUGUAUUGCUGUAUGGCUCUUGGCUUGACUUGAUUUUGAUUGCUACAUGGUGAGAGCUUCUAGAAGUGUGUGUAAUAAGUAUGUCGUGUCAUAAACAAACAAACAAAAAAAAGGAACAUUUGGAACUUACCCAAAAUAAUGAAAUACUUGAACUGUAGUUUUCUGGUCAGAUUUUUGUGGCUUACUACAGUAGCAAGUACCAAACUGUGGAUUCGAGAAUUGAGUUUUUCUUGGUACAAAAACUUCUUUGAGAACUUCUGUCAAGUUUUAGAAACCUGCUUUAGGAAAACGAUUUAGUAAUUGAUAGGUAUUUACACUAUUAAUUCUUUACUCUUUGAAUAGCAAGAACUAUAAUACAGAUUCUUGGUACUGAACUACUGUGACUUGUUGUUACAUGUGAUCACAAGCGCCAGAGUUGUUUACCUUGUCAAAUGAAGCUGCUUGUGGAAAAAAAGUAUUAAGUAUGGUAUUUGGCUCUAUUAAUGGUACUGCAGAACACGGUACCUAGCUCAUGUCUGAAGUCUGGAUUUUUGCUGGGAAAGUGGCACUUCUGCUUCAUUAGGAUGAGGAUCUCUAUGCUGGGCUCUCAUUUUUGGAGACAGAGGGAGGAGUGUUUGUAGAUGCUGCCAGCUCUGCAGGUAGAGUGAAUGCAUCCAUUGGUGGCAACAGGAUUUUGGGGUUGAAAGCUUAAUGCAGUCCUAUGCAAAAGCAAAUAACCCUUCUUUGUAGUUUACUGAAACAUAUUAAAAAAAAAGAAAGAGCCUUUAGAGUAUACAUAGACUGUAAUAGAAAGGAAGAGGUGAUGUCCAAGAACAGUGCUGGUAACAUGGGGAAAAAAGUUAACCAGCAUGGAAGGCCUAAGCCUGUCUGGCCCCAGUUUGUGUUAAGAUACUGCAAUAUGCAGGAAAAUGUCCUUAAAGAGAUGACCCUGUAUGGUGAAGCAAAAAUUACACAAAGAUAAUUACUAUUUAGAUGCUUUUUUCAACUCCCAGUUGAAAAUUGUUUCAAGAUAGAACCAAAUUAUCCUGUACAUGAAUGUCUGUUGCAAGCUGGGGGUUUACUACUUGGUGGCCUGAAAUUACUGUAACUUCUUUUCUGACCUUCUACUUACAAACUUUAAUUUUUUUAAGAGGCUCUUACUUCUUAAUCUUCUAAUGUUUCAGAUAUUUUUCAUAUGGAAUUUUGUUAAAACAGAUAUUCCCAAAUAUGAUGAACCCAUUGCUGGCAAUGGGCAUGAAUGGUCACCACCACAGAGUUCCUGUUCUUAGCAUGUGGUUGAACUCUGCAGUACACCAUGGGUGCCAAAUAUAACCCUUGUAAUCAAGGUAUCUGAACAGGGAUUUGCUCACUAACACUGUAACCUGCUUUAUGUAUAGAAGCACUUUGUAUUUAAAAAAAAAACCCACAACAAACCAUAUAACUUUAUAAGUAUGUUUUUUAAGCUUAGAAAUUAUAUUCCCUUUAUGGUUUGUUUCCACACCUAACACUGUCUUUUUUAAUAUUAAAAGAAAAUAUAAUGCUUGCCUGUUUACAUGAGAGUAGAGGAAAGGGUUCUUGCACUCAGUGGCCCUAUUUUUCCAUUCUCCAUGGCCUUAUACAUCCAGGGUGUCAUUUCUGCAAGUACCAUCAUCACGUUUGAGGGAAGGUAUUCUCAUACUCAUUUCAAAAAUGGUCUUGUAUAUGACCUUAGUUCUCAACCCCUUUCAAAUUGUCACUUCAGUGUUGCAUAAAAAGGUUAAGGGUGCCUCUUCCCAUUCAAUGAUAAAAAAGGCUGGUCAGAAACACCAGGGUGAAAACCAUGGUCAAGCAAAAAAUUAUUAAACCCAGACCAUCCUACAGAGCUGCCAGCAAAACUGUUUCUUUUACCAGCUCGGAAUGACUUUUAUAUGGGACAUUUCAGAGUUAAACAUUAUUCCUAUUUGCAGUUAGAUUACUGUGAAAUAAAGCUUUAAAAUAAAAUGUACUGCGAGAGACACUUUAAAAGUUUUAUAACAGGUCCAGUAGAUCAUAUUAUAGAACCAUGUCCUUUUUUAAUGACUUAGCACGAAUAGUAACUUUUUAAUAUUUGCCUAUUACUGUUUUUCCCUGUAUUAUGACAUUGUCUUGAAAGUUCAACCGAUGUUGCUCCACUGAUUCUGCAGCACUUGGCUUUCUGAAGCUAAUUUACAUGAAACCAAUUGAUAUUCGGGAAAAUGUUGGUAAGAUUGUUACAAGAUCUAGUUGAGAGGAUGAUUUAAAGGAAGCUUGAGAUACAUGUCUUAAAAUCCUUACUUUUGCUUAUCACAGGCAAAACAGUGGACUUCUGGUGUUUUUCCUGAAUUUAAUUUAUUGCCCAUUGACAAACUUCUAAUCACUGAUUCAGGUUUUGGGGGAAAAAGAGAACACAAAACUUACUAAAUGCUUAAGGAAACAUCUUUCCUCCCCUUUCCUCAGGCUCAGCUUCAGUGUGACACCUCUCCUCCCUGCCUUUCUGGUCCAUUUCCCUUGUUUUCACAGAGAGUUGUGCUCAGUCUGUGCCAGUUCUCGUAGCGAGGUGGCAGAUCGCACAGGAGGUUGGGGUCACAUGUUUACUGGCUAGCCUGACACUUCAUCUUACUGGGUGUCUUCUGCUACUCUGGGCUGGUCGGUGUCACUCUUCAUGGUGACACCAGGCCAUAGUCCCUUGAGAGAUGUGCCUGUUCCAGCUUGGGUCUUCUGUGGGCUCCAGUUACCAGAGGAGUACCUGCUCUGGCAUGGCUCAGCUAUAGACCAAAGUCCCCUCCAAAGUGAAUCUCCUCAGGCUUGGCAUGUGUCCUUCUGUGAGUGUGUCUCUCUACAUGUCCUCAGCAUCUUCUCCCUGUGUUUUCCCAAGAGCAGCUCUUCAGUUUCUCCGCACAUUUCUUCCCCAGCAGUAUCUGUGUCUCCCUUCACUUCUCACCCGCAGCUGCCACUCAUCACUGACGUUGAAGCAGAGACACCGUGCGCCCCUCUGGCACAGGCUGGGGAUUGUUUCAGUUCAGGCUGGAACCUGUCCUGACUAGCCCAGGGCAGUGGGCAGUCUUUACCACAGGUCCCCUUUGCAGCCCCUGCAGUCUGUGACUAAUGCAGUUGUACACAGUAAACCAAGACAGGCAGAUGCAGCUUCUGUCGAGCUCUUAAUCUUUGCUAAUGGAGUGCUCUCAUUAAAGAUACGGGAACUUAUUUUUUGUUUGAGGGGAGGAGGGAGGUGAUCCAUAUGAAUGCAUAUGUAUAUGAUAAAUUUCACUAAUCUUCCCUUAAGCUUCAUCACCUUUAAUGAUAUGGCUUAGAAACAUUUGUGCAUUUUUCUAUUGCUCACUGUUGGCUGUAGUAAAGUGAAUGUCUUCUGAAAACCAGUAUCCUUGUACACAUGGGAAGCUUUCAGAAUUUCCUGUUACUGUGAAGCCAUUCCUUGUUCUAUUACUGGUAAGAACACUUAAUGAUACUACAGCUGAGUUCCUUUUCAUUCCAUUUUGUAACUAAGAUAUUGAUUAUCAUGGAAUCUGUGUAACUGCCGUUUUGAAAAAUUCAACUAUUAGCAUGUUUAAGAUCUCUGACCCUUAUGAGGGAGGAGGUUCCUAUUUCACACACCACUGUUGGUUUUUUUGUUUUGUGCUUUUCUUAAGCAAGACUUUGUUUAUUUUAUGGAUAAGCAGGUAGACUCUAGGAGGUACUGUCAGAACAAUGUUUGGUCUUAAUUUUUUUUCAUCUGAGGUGUUUCUGGGGUUGAAAAACUUUGUCCUGUACCAAAAGCAAGGCAGAUAAUCAAAGGCUGAUGUAUUUGGUUUCUCAUUAUGAAAAGAAUACUUGAUGUCCCUGUAUCAUUGAGCCUGAAAGAAUGGAGGCACAGCAGGUCUUGCAACCUCAGCACUUUGGUGUUGGUGCAGAAAGGUGACCUGUCUCUGAAUUAUGAGAGCCUACAGCAGUAUAUUGAGUAUUUUGCUCUAACAGAAUUAGAACCUUUCUCUAAACAACAAAGGAAGGUUGCUUUUUGUCAUAUAAAUGCUUCACUGGGUAGUUAGGCUUCUUUAGCUAUAACAUGUAAACUGUCAGUGCCCUAGGGGAAGAUCCUGGAAAACAAAAUGGUAUAUUUUUAAUGUGAUUAAAUUGUAAGUUCUGAUUUUUGCUUGAAGCCUGUGUCUGUUGAUUGCUGCUCCUUUUUUUAUUAUUCAUGGGAUUCCAUAUUUCUUCCAGAAAUGUAACUGUUUAUGCAAGUGAAUCUUCCUUAAUGAGCUAUAAGAUUUUAUUCUAAACAAGUCAUUUAUAAUAGUAAAUUUGCAUAUCUUGAUAUUUUGUGAGAUGUUAUGCCUGUAUUGCAGUUUGGAUAGUUUUGUCUAUAAAUAUUGCUGUCCUAAUUGUACAGCAUGGUUUUAAUUUAAUGUUACUGUUUAAUAUUUUCUUCUUAUAGAAGAGUCCCAUGCCCCUUUUUUGUAUAACAUGUUUUAAUAAAUGUUAUCUGUCAA